AUGGGAUGCUGCGCUUCAAGAGAUGUAAUUUUUAUAUAGAAACCUACUGAUUCCAAAGACAACAAGCCACCUCACGCUGAAAAAGAUAAUAUUGUCUCAGAAGCUCAAAAGCUGAAUAUAAGACCAAUAGAAGAAAACCUUGACAUACAGUCCUAUGAUCUUUUAUAGAAAUUUCCCAUAGAUGGCGCUAUUUGCCCUUGAUUUGCCCAUGAGGAAAAUUUUUUGGUUUGACCAAACCAUAUGGUACUGGUCGAACCAAAAAGUUUCCCCAGUGGGCAAAUCAAGGGCAAACAGCGCCAUCUAUGGGAAAUUUCUAUAAAAUAUAUUGAAGAAUUAAACAGCACAGCAUCAUGAAAUACCAUUAAAGAAGACUCUUGGUUCAGCGUAAAAUCCAUUCGAGGCACCAAAUUCGACCAAGUUUCACCAGUAACUCGAGCAUGGCUUCAUCUUGAUGAAAGAAUUCCUUUAACAAAGCUUUUAGAUGUGCUUUUGUUGCCUGAAAAAAGGAAAGAGUGGGAUGAAGUCACAACUUUAGAAAUUUUUGAUGGGAAUUUUCCUUCGUUAUUUUAUUUAUAUCAGAGUGUUAUGCUUUUAGGGUUUAAAAAUGAUUACGUAACCAAAAAUUUGGUAAAAACGAGUGAUGAUAGUGUGGUAGCGAUUUCGUAUAAUGUUGAGAAUGAGAAGAAGCCUAUUGAGAAAGGAUUUAAUAGAGGGGUUAUUCAUUUUAAUGUGAUCAUGGUAACUCUAGUUAAUAACAGAACUGAAAUAACUGUCUAUAAUCAGACCGAUCCGAAGAAUAAACUAGGAAAAAUGUCAGCAGAUAAAAAAAUUGAAAGUCUUGACAAGUGGUGCUUAAAACUUAAAACUGCAAUUAUGAAAGAAGUCGGUAAACAGACUAAAUUGCAGGAUAAUGCUAAUGAAGAUACAAUGAUUGAGGAAGAGCCUAAUAAAGCUGAACAAGUAAUUAAAACUUAA